GCUAACUGCGAUCCGGAUGAUUGUACCACGGACAAAGCGGCCUCUCUGCUCACGUCGACUAAUGUGGCUUACUGUGUGACGCUAUGUGCUCUGGCCACACUAGAUCGUGGCGAACUGCGCUCGCGUGUGCUCAACAGUCCCACCUUCCGUCUCAUUCUCGAAGCAGAGGCGGAAUGCCGUGAUAUCAUUACCGCCUUCUACUCUGCCAACUAUGCGGCUUGUCUUGACGCCUUGGGAAGGAUAAAAAACUUCCUCAGGUUGGAUAUUUUCCUUGCUGAUCACGUGGAAGCGUUGUACGAGAGGAUUCGAAUGAAGGCAAUGUGUCAGUAUUUUGUGCCUUAUGUCUGCGCUGAUCUCAAGUUGAUGGCGGCGGUGUUCAGAACCGGUGUGACGGAUCUAGAAAAUGAACUGGCGGAGCUCAUACGCAAAGGACACAUUAAAGGUCGUAUCGACUCGGAAAAGCAGCUCCUCUGCUCACUGAAAGUGGAUCCCCGCUACCAAACCUUCUCCAACACGCUAAACAUCAUCGACCAAUGCCACCAGCGCCUCCAGGCAGCUAUUUUGCGCUCAAAUCUUAUCCGUCGCGGUUACACACGUGGAUGGCACUGA